AUGCCCCUUCAAUCGCCGAGAUUUGCCCCACGUCCAGCCAAGCUUGCCUUUGUCACGUCCCUCAACACGGCUGCCGCUCAGCCCGUCUCCAAGCCAAACCCGCCGCUGCCUCUUGUUUCGGAUGCGCCCUGGUCCUGGAACAUCGGCACCGGACUCACCUAG